AUGGAUAUGUCCAGCUCCCGGAAACGCGCCCGCGAGACGGAGAGCGAGGACGAGGAGCCAACCGGGCGACGUAAGCAGCCGUCGAGCUCUCCCCCCAGCCUAGAGCAGCACACGGCAGCCAGCUGCCACGUGCAGCAACCGGACCACGGCAGCGCCAUUUCCCCACAAUCGGGCGAAACAGCCGCCACCUCCUCUCCGCCUGCCGCCCAAGACGGAGGCCCUCCAGGAAGGGCGAGCACCACCUCUCGACAUCCCGCCGAGUCUACAGCCGCCGCCUCCGCUGCGCCUCAGAGCAAGGGCGCGCCCGGAACCAUCCUCAACGCGCCGUCAGCUCCUGAUGGCGGCGCGUCCACUGCAGCGUCUGCUAGCGAACCAGCUACAAACGAAAGCGCUGCCGACGAGAUGGAGCUGACGGACGCAACACCCACUGUUUCGUCACAUCAGGGCCCUGAUCACCCCGCGGCGCGGUUCCUGAAGGACCCACCAUGCCAGCCUGCUUCGCGGCCGAAGCCAAAGGGGCAGAAGAAGAAGCAGAAGAAGAGGAAGGAGCCUGCCCAUGAUUCCCGUUCGUCUCCCGGGGCAACGGACGACUCGCGGCGCCCACCCGCUACCCUGGUCACCCCCAGUGUGCCUACAGCCGCAGUACAGAGAGUGACACCAUCCGCCCGCGAGUCCACCACGUACGACUUCACGCUGGUGCAAUCAAAGAGGGACCGGCGCCGUGCACGAGCCCUGGAGACUGCUGCACUCCCGGUUGACCCCGCGGUCGUCGGUACGCGCAACAUCGUGGCCGCCGAUACUACCACCCGGGAGUGCCUGGAGGAGCUGUUGGCAGUCACUGAGCUGCACGGAAUUCCAGUGACUGCCCGACUGCCAGCCGAGCGCGGCAAGAGCACCGGCUUCCUGCACGGGGUGGUCGGGUUACCCGCGGACACAGACCUGCUGGGAGCCAUCGAGUCGAGCGUUCCCGUGCUGUCGGCAACGAGGGAGGAGAGCACCAUCACCAUCCGAUUCGCGGGACCGGUCCCCCCUGAACACGUGCGCCUUUUCAAGCUCGGGUUCAGGGUCCCUCGCCAUCCUGCACUCUCCAUCGCGGUGGCUACGGGCUUGAGCACAGAGCAACUGGCCGAACUCUUCGCCGAUGCCUUCGCUCCACCGCCACCGUCUGUGCGCCCCGUCAGUGCACCCUGCGAACUACCGCCGCACAACAAGGCUGAACUCCUCGCUCCCCUGCGCUACUUUCCUACGAGGGCAAUCUUGGAGCACGUAGAGGUGCUUUGCUCGGCCGAGUUUACCCUCAGUGAGUUGCGCAUUGUUUUGACCACGCGUAAACGACGCUCAGCGCCUGGUGCCGACGGACUAACUCAUCAGGUCCUCAGGAACAUCGAUGCAGCGCAGCUCCCUUCCCUACUCGAGGCCUUCAAUGGCGUCUGGCGCAGUGGCAUUAUUCCUGCUGACUGGAAAGAGGCGAUCGUCGUCCCUAUUCUCAAGCGCGGCAAAGCUGCCAAAAGCGUCAGCUCCUAUCGCCCAGUGUCGCUUACUUCGGUAGCCGGCAAAACUCUGGAGGCCAUGGCUUUGCGCCGACUUGAGUGGAUUGCCUCCGCCCUCGACGCUUUCGCCCCUGAACAGAGUGGUUUCCGGCGACUGCACUCAGCAGCUGACUCGCUCGCGGACGUCGUGGCUACUCUAGAGCACGCAGCAAGUCGCCAAGAAGCCGGAUAUCUCGUGCUGCUCGAUGUGCAACGCGCAUUUGAUGGUCUCCCUCACAUCACCAUCAUUCAAGCCCUCCGUGAGCUACGUGUCACCGGCCGCCUCUUUGACUACAUCGCGGCCUUUCUCAGUGACCGCACGCUCAGAGUGCGAGUUGGCGACACGCUCAGUGCCCCUCGCAGCGUGACCUCCGGGGUUCCCCAGGGCAGCGUGAUCAGCCCAUUUCUUUUUAACUUGGCUCUGGCAAGACUACCUGACUACAUCCCCAAGAUGACAGCCCACGAAGUCCGCGUGGCGAUCUACGCCGAUGACAUUGCACUGUUCGCGUGCGGGCCCACUGCCCUCGGCUUCCAAGUGCGAGAAUCCCUGCAGUCGGCGAUCAACGCCGUCGAUGAAUAUCUCGCCAGCAUAGGGCUCCAGCUCUCGGCGUCAAAAACUGAGGCGUUCACGCCGUCUGAAGACAGAGCUACACGUUACGGAGCCAUUAGCAAGCUUUGCAUCGGAGACCGAGAGUUCCAAGUGAACGCCUAUCAAGCUGCCCCGGAGAACACUUCCAAGGGCCUGAUCAGGAACAUUGCAAAGACCGAGAGCUCGGCAGACGUCAUCGCUAAUCUAGUGACGCAACGCAACCCCGGUGUGCUGCACGCCAAGCGCAUGGGCAACACAGACAACACAAUCAUUUUGUUCGACGAAUGCCACAGCGGCCGAGAAGCACAUCGAUGGCGCGCGGUGGUGCCGGUCCGGGCAUCGCAGCUGUCGGCCACAUCAAUCAACAAAGUCAACAGCAGCAGCCGUGGCAGCAGUAACAAGGUCACAGGAGCACUGGGCAACAGGUGA